AUGUGCGACUGGGAAGAGUUCCUCUUUGCUUGCAACCACUCAACUCUCCGCCUCAAAUCGUACUGCCACUUUGCCCGCAACGACCCUAACCAUCAAUGUUUUGGUGUCAAAGUGCUUCGCAAAUCCUGGAGGCAAUGUGUUCCCUGUGAGAACUGCGAAAUUGCUUGGCGAGCGACGGAAAUACAGGCUCAACACAACUGCCGGGAUGCCCAAUCUAUGCAAUAA